AUCCUACUGCGUGGUAAUAGAGCUUUCAAAUAGCGCGCGUCCGGAAGAGAAACGUGGCAACAGUGUGCGCAGAGAGGGGGUAUAUAUAGAGCGGCGCAGCAUCGUCCUUCCUUUCCACGGCUGGGAGACAAGAUGUCUCACCGAAAGUUUAGUGCCCCCCGCCAUGGGUCUAUGGCAUUCUACCCCAAGAAGCGGUCAAGUCGCCACCGCCCAAAGGUGAAGGCAUUCCCCAGGGAUGACCGCACCAAACCUGUCCAUCUUACUGCCUUCCUUGGCUACAAGGCUGGCAUGACUCAUGUUGUGCGUGUGGCCGACAAACCAGGAUCGAAAAUUAACCGGAAGGAGGUUGUUGAAGGAGUUACCAUCUUGGAGACUCCACCUAUGAUAUGUGUUGGUGUGGUGGGAUACAUCAAUACUCCAAGAGGGAUGCGUGCCUUUAAGACCGUCUGGGCCGAGCAUCUUUCUGAAGAAUGCAAGAGGCGUUUCUAUAAGAACUGGCACAAGUCAAAGAAGAAGGCCUUUACUAAUGCCUCCCAGAAGUGGCAGGACCAAGUCGGCAAGAAAGUAAUUGAGAAGGAUCUUGCCAAGAUGAAGAAAUACUGUAGUGCCGUUCGCAUUAUUGCCCAUACCCAGAUCAAAAUCUUGAAGAAGAGGCAAAAGAAGGCUCACAUCAUGGAGAUUCAGCUCAAUGGUGGAACCAUUGCUGACAAGAUUGAUUGGGCAGUUUCCCACUUUGAAAAGCAAGUCCCUGUGGCAAAUGUCUUCAAUCAAGAUGAGAUGGUGGAUGUUAUUGGCGUCACAAAGGGAAAAGGUGUCAAAGGGGUAACCUCCCGUUGGCACACUAAGAAGCUGCCUCGUAAGACUCACAAGGGUCUGCGUAAGGUGGCCUGCAUUGGUGCGUGGCAUCCGAGCCGUGUGCAGUUUACUGUGGCACGAGCUGGACAGAAGGGUUACCACCACCGGACUGAGAUGAACAAGAAGAUCUAUCGCAUUGGACAGGGUGUCCAUACCAAGGAUGGAAAGGUGGUGAAAAAUAAUGCUUCUACAGAGUAUGACUUCACUGAGAAGACCAUUACCCCCAUGGGUGGCUUUCCUCAUUAUGGUGAGGUAAACCAGGACUUUGUCAUGAUCAAGGGCUGCUGUGCUGGACCCAAGAAGAGGGUCGUUUGUCUCAGGAAGUCCAUGUUGGUCCAGACGAAGCGUGUUGCCCUUGAAAAGAUUGACCUGCACUUCAUCGACACCAGCAGCAAGAUGGGUCAUGGUCGCUUCCAGACCAGUGCUGAGAAGUCUGCCUUCAUGGGUCCCCUCAAAAAGGACAAGAAGAAGCUGCUCCAACAAUAAAAAAAAUGUUGGAUGAA